AUGCUUUGUGCCAGAAAGUGUCGCUCUCCUUUACAUUGGGAUGAGAUAGGAGAGAGGCGACUAGCUGGGCCAGAACUGGUUCUUGAGGCUACAGGUGCUAUAGAAAGGAUAAGGAAGCAUACGCUCACAGCUCUGAGUAGACAACAAAGCUAUGAAAAUGCCAAGAGGCGGGACAUCGAGUUCGAGGUAGGAGACAAAGUUUUAUUGAAAUUCUCACCAACAAAAGGUGUCAAUAUGUUUGGGACAAAAGAGAAGUUAAGCCCUAGAUAUGUAGGUCCUUUUGAGAUUCUCGAGAGAAUAAGACUAGUGGCUUAUUGCUUAGCUCUACCUUCCACAUUGGACAGUACCCACAAUGUGUUUCAUGUCUUCAUGCUCAGAAAAUAUAUGUCCGAUCAGUCCCACGUGCUUCGUUAUGAACUGCUGGAGCUACAACCAGACUUAAGUUAUGAAGUUAAGCCAAUUACAAUACUAGAACGGGGAAUCAAGGAGUUGAGAACUAAAAAGAUACCCCUAGUUAAAUUCUGGUGGAGCAAAAGUGCGGUUGAAGAAGCUACUUGGGAGCUGGAGGAUGACAUGCGCGAGAAGUAUCCCGAGAUAUUUGGGUAA